AUGCCCGACGAUGUCUCUGGCGAUUACGAGGCCUUAUCGGAGAUUGUAGGGCUCUGUGGCUCUUUUCUAACACUUCGUGAAUACACCAUCUCCUUCGUUCGCCAAUUGGUAAAGGACUUUUUACUCAAAGAGGCGUAUUAUGAUACUAUUCCUUCUGGAAUAGGAGACAUACUUCACAUAAUCUUCUCGAGAUCGGUCUACGUUAUGUCUAUGGCGCUACGACGAAACAUCUACAGCUUACCUACGUUGGGAUAUUCUAUCGAGCUGGUGGAACAGCCGGACCCGGACCUAUUAGCGGCGUUAAGCUACUGGUGUACCUUCUGGGUCGACCACCUCUGUGACUGA